AUGCGCAAGUCACUUUUCGGACUCGCAGCCGCUGCUGCCACCGCUUCUGCAGAAUCUCUGACCGACAUCUGUACAACAGCCGUCGCUAAAGCGGCUCUACCCGCGGACGGUACAUUAUUCGGGAGUUCUGUCAUCCCAUCAUCGGUUACAGCAAACGUUGUCUACAACACUUCUGUCAGCGGACAAACUUUUUUCCCCGAUGCUACUGUCAAUUUCUGCAACGUAACCUUCGCCUAUACCCACAACGGUCGUGGGGACAAUGUGGUUCUAACACUUUGGUUGCCAGCCCCAGAGAACUUCGAGAACAGAUGGCUCUCAUCUGGAGGAAUGGCUUACAGCAUCAAUUCGGGUACUACUAACCUUGUCGGAGGUGUUAUGUAUGGUGCUGCAUCUGGUCUCACUGAUGGUGGAUUUAACACUGUAUUCGACUCCGUAUUCCUUCUCGAUAAUGGUACAAUCAACUGGGAGCCCACCUACAUGUUUGGUUAUCAAGCCAUUGGCGAGUUGACCACGCUUGGAAAAGAGUUUACUAAGCAGUUUUACAACAUGGGCGAUAAUAAGCUCUACGCUUAUUAUCAAGGUUGUUCCGAUGGUGGUCCUUUCCGAUAUGGCCAACAGCAAGUCAAUCAUCUCUUCUCAAACGUUGUCGAGCAAACACUUGAUUAUUACCCAUCAGCAUGCGAGCUUGAACUAAUUGUUAACGAAACCAUCUCUAACUGCGAUGGCCUCGAUGGCAAGGUUGAUGGUGUGGUGUCUCGAACAGAUCUUUGCAAGCUUCAUUACAAUAUCAACCAAACUAUCGGUUUACCUUACAGUUGUGCUGCUAGCUCCGCUGUUGGCCUUGGCCUUGGUUUUGGUAAACGCAAGAGGCAAAUGAUGGGAGGGUCUACCAAUCCAGCUACAAACGGUACUAUAUCAGCCAAGGUAGUAGAGGUUGCGCAAACCAUUCUCGAUGGGUUACAUGAUUCUCAAGGCCGACGUGCCUAUCUCUCGUAUCAGCCAUCUGCCGAUUUCGAAGAUGCAGCAACAACCUACAAUUCCGAUACCAAUUCCUACGAACUCAGCAUUGCUGGAGCUGGUGGUGAAUGGGUCGCUAGGUUCCUUGAAUUGCAGGACCUUGAUAACCUUUCUUCUUUGGAUAACGUCACCUAUGAUACCUUGGUGCAAUGGAUGGUUCAAGGUUGGACCAGAUAUGAGGAUUCACUUCAGACCAACAACCCGGAUCUCACUGGUAUCUACAACUACGGAGGCAAAAUCCUUCAUUUCCACGGUGAAUCAGAUCCUAGUGUACCCGCCGCUUCUUCAGUUCACUACUAUGAGUCUGUCCGCAGCAUCAUGUAUCCUGGUCUAUCGUUCAACGAGAGUACUGGAGCUUUGAAAGAAUGGUACCGCUUGUACAUGAUUCCCGGUGCCGCUCACUGUGCCAUCAACAGCGAACAAGAGAAUGGUCCUUUCCCUCAAACCAACUUGCAGGUUUUGAUUGAGUGGGUGGAAAAUGAUACGGUUCCCGUCACCCUCAAUGCCACCCACUUGGCUGGUGAAUACAAAGGAAAGAACGCUCAAAUCUGUGCUUGGCCUCUUCGUCCUCUCUGGAUUAACAAUGGUACUACCCAGGAUUGUGUCUUUGACCAAGCUUCUUACGACACUUGGAACUACACUUUCGACGCUUAUAAGCGACCAUUGUACUAA